CUCGAAUCACCAACGCGAAGAAGCCCAAGAUGCGACAGCGCGACAACGACGCAAAUGAUGAUCAGACUCUUCACGAGCGAUCCUGAUAAUCAGGCAGUAAGUUCAUCCUCAGGAAUUAUUUUUCCUGAUAUCGCAGGCGUUCAAGCUAUCUGUAGUCGCCUCCUCAUGGUCACGUCGUCACCAUAAACGCGUCAAUCAACCGCAAUACCUUCGCCUCUCAAUUUGCCCCCUCAACACGUCCUCAAUUCGGCAUCACAAGCUCAAAUCUCAUGUUUUCCAUCUCUCCCGGCUGCCUCUCUCAACAAAUACACAAAAUCUACGCGUCUCCCAUAGCCUCAGCAUCGCCUCAACACCGCCCCGAUCGGAAUUGUCUAGCUGAAAGCUUAAUACCGUCCUUCUCCAUUCAGAACCUCCCGAGAUGAAUAUCCUGGUGGCUCAUCCCAUUUUCCCCUACCUUACCAAUUCGUCUUGCCGCCAUCAUCCGAUGCCUUCACUGACGUCAUGGAGCCGAGCAGGAAAAUAUGCAGCGAAAUUAAGCUUAACCAAAGACAGGGGUUGCCCCGGCAUUCAAAUUACGGGUGGCCUCCUUGUUUACGGGUAAGUUUCUGGUUUUUUGUGUUGUUUAUGCGCGAUGAUACAGUAUCGAUCGUUGGAGCAAAUCGGCGCUAUCAAGUCCCGUUGAUACCUUGAGAAGAGGGUGAGAUGUCACUGGCGGGUCUGUCAUGUGUACAAAGCCUCGAGUGCCACGUACGAUACUUGCCAACGGUGUUUAUUCACCGUCUAACGUGCCUGGUGUCCAUUAAACACGUUAUGUUCAACGAACUACCGAAUUGGGCAUCAUCUAGUCAUCAUGCCAUUCACUGCAUGAUGUAUUUGAUUCAAGAUUUCUUCGCGUCCCAGCCAAUCCCCUCGCUCCAAACAUCACCAUCUUCCAAAAGGUUCCCUCUGCAUGACCUAAGUGGACCAUACCGGGCUGUGUAUAAAACUGCACAUAACAGGAUGAGAGAGUUCUUUGGACUCUGAACUACACAGAGAAGAUGGUUGAAUUAACUUUAAAAACUGGAUUUAUUAAAUCGCCCCCUUUUUUUGCAACAGAGGGAGAUGAAGGUUACCAGGGAGGGAAGGAGUCAAUGAGAUCUAGCGUGAUGGGCGCUAUUAAGCUUAAAAAACGAGGCUUAGACAAUGAUGUUGUGGGGCGACUUAUGGGGGGGACCUUGGAUUUGUGAUUUGGGAGUGGGGACGGCCUGGACGGUUAGUGGGCGUUUAGAUCUUGGCUGGUGGUUGGAAUACGACAAACUGAUCACUGAAGAGCAGUACCUCUGUAGAUGUUUGUGAGUAGGUAAAGGCUAUACCCGUGAUGUAAAGUGGUACAUUAUUUCCAUCAAGAUUCUAGUAUUGUGGCAGUUUGUUUAGCAGGUUUAGCACGGAACAAGUCCUACUGAUUAAACAAAAAAGUACCCCUGUAAAUGCCAAGAUUCGCAACUCCAAGCAAUAACAUCUUAGCCCUCCGUAUCACCAAUCACA